CCACGCAUUGCUUUGUCGAGGCAGGAGGCAGCCAAAUCACCACUCACCAACUGCGUCAAGGCACUGUGACCGCCUCCCCCGCCCGUACCACAGCACAUCGCCGGCUUCCACAGCAACUCGCCUAGCGCCAACUUUCGAGCGCCCUUCCCCACAGCGCACUCCCCCUUCCCCCCGCCCGCCGCAGCCAUGGCGAACGACGAAUAUGACUUCCUCUUCAAGGUGGUUCUCAUCGGAGACUCAGGUGUCGGUAAAUCCAACCUGUUGAGCAGAUUCACCCGCAACGAGUUCAACCUCGACUCCAAGUCGACCAUCGGCGUCGAGUUUGCGACCCGGUCCAUCCAGGUGGACGCCAAGACGAUCAAGGCGCAGAUUUGGGACACAGCCGGCCAGGAGCGCUACCGCGCCAUCACAUCGGCUUACUACCGCGGCGCUGUUGGCGCGCUGCUGGUCUACGACAUCAGCAAGCACCAGACCUACGAGAACGUCACAAGGUGGCUGAAGGAGCUGCGCGACCACGCCGACUCGAACAUCGUCAUCAUGCUGGUCGGAAACAAGAGCGAUUUGAGGCAUCUGCGGGCAGUGCCCACCGAGGAGGCCAAGCAGUUUGCGAGCGAGAACAACCUGUCUUUCAUCGAGACGUCUGCCUUGGACGCCAGCAACGUCGAGCUUGCCUUCCAGAACAUUCUCACAGAAAUCUACCGCAUUGUCUCCAGCAAGGCACUCGACCAGGGCGAGGGCGGCCCGAACGUCCUCGUCGGUGAGCGCAAGGUUCUCGAGAUCAGCAAGUCGGCCGACGCAGAGCAGAAGAAGGGAUGCUGCUAGACGAAUACACAUGUGCGCCACACGACGUACUGCGCUUGCGUCUCACGCACCCGAUAGCGCGUACCACCGCAGUGCGCUGCGUUGACGACCAGAUACGCCUGUCAUGUGCAAAUGUCUACGAGUCAUGUCAAGUUUCACGGCGUCCAGGAUGUCUCAUUUGGUCGAUUACCCUCUUUCAACAUCUGCUGUCCGUUACUGCUUCCAUUGCAGGCGCUUGGCUGUGCUGGUCGAGCCGGCCUAGAGGUCUGUGUCUUGGUUUCCUGCAUGUUGAUGGGUCUUUUUCUUUUAGUUGAGGGCGGUAAUGUAACUAUGCUGCUGUGCCAAUACAAUGCAGCGUAUAUCCAAUUGUCAUAAUGGCAUCUCCGUACUCUCUGACC